GAUCUGUUUACACUUUUCUGUGUCGCAGACGCACAACGAAGCGAGUUGGUACGAGACACAUUUCUGGCACUUUGAAAAGGUUUUUAGCAAUAGGCCUAGUUCACAUUUAGUUGAAUCGCAAUGGGUGGCCAUGGGGUUAUGGCAAACGAGGAGUCUCUGGAUUACUCUGUGCACGAAGCUUGGAAUGAGGCCACCAAUGUCUACCUGCUUGUAAUUCUAGUUAGCUUCGCGUUGCUAAUGUAUGCAAGAAAGAACAAGAGGAAGAUAAUGCGGAUCUUCGCCCUGCCGCCCGCCGCGGGGACAACGACAGAGCCGAACUUCUACGACAACCUGAAGAAAGUUAGACUACGACAGCAGCUGGAAAUGUACUCUCUCUCCCGUAAGUUUGACCAACACCAGCAAAGCCAGAGUGACAGUGUUCAGCUCUCCAUGGAAUGACACAGCAGGAAGACACAUUCUGCAUGACAGCACCGUAUUUUCCACACUCUCCCUGUUCCCCUAUUCAAAGUGAGGCAACUGCAUCUCACAUAUCCUCCCCACAGACUUAUAUGAACGUGGGUCGGUCUAAGCAGUAAGCAGGAUGGAGUUUCUGCCUUAUUUUGGUAGAUGGACAUUCUUUUGAAGAAAAAACUAUGUUGGUCUCUAUCUUCUUUUGUGUCAAUCAUAGUCACACUCAUUAUGGAGCCAUGGAUGUGUGGCCUAUUGAGGGAAGGGAAAGGGAGUGUAUGGCCUUUGGUAGCAAUACUUUGAGUUGGUUGUAUUAAUUCAAAGUCUGCAGUGUAUCUGAAUGAAGAAUUAAACAUUUUGAUGUUGGGUAUAUUUUGUUACACAUUACUCUUUUUAAAAUUCAAAAUGUACUGCUAGAUGUGGUCGUUUAUAGUACUUAAAUACUUAUUUGUUCUUGAAAUAGAUAUUUGUUGCCACCUAGUGGAUUUUAGUAUGACAUGCUUUCAUUUGAUGACUAGAAUAACCAAUGGUAGUUUCAAAUCUGAGAAUAAAAUCUGUAGUAAAAUCUUUUUCUGUAGCAUUUAUGUCCAGUUGUUACCCUUCUCCAACCCUUGCUAACCAAACUUUUAAUGUUCUUAAUUGUAAUGUUAUGUGGCAACCCAAGAGAGACAAGUGCAAAAUACAACCAGACAACAUAAGGCACCUCUGCUCCAUCUAAACGUGUCUCUUCAUGGAAGUUGUGCAGGGAGAAAAAAUCGAACAAAUCAUCGUGUCCAGCAUUUUCAAUCAUUGUCUGGUGCGUCUAGUCCUCAGAUUGCUUGUUGGGUCAAUGGUUGGACGAUCUUGAAGGCGAUAUUGUUGCUAGGGGUGUGUCCCUGUGGAGCUGUCCUUGUCAGGUGCUGAUGCACCUAGGCCUUUGUUGCCCCCAGAGCUGUCCAUGGUUCUGAUAUGCCCUUAGUAGUUCACUGCUAGCCUCAGGGGCUGUCACAGUUAAUAACUCUAAA